AUGUCCACCUCGAGAAGACUGCGAUCUAGCGUAGUCGAAUGUCUAAUGCUUCUCGUCGUAACACCUUCGGUUGAUGGAGACGUCAAGAAUGCUGGAAUGACACGAGCCGACGCGACAGAUGCAAACAUUACAGCGAUAACAAUGGCGAUACGCAUUUUGGUAGUUGUGGACGAUGUGAAGUCUCUGUUUCGAAAAGUUUGUUUAUGA